AGUUGUAGUGGCUAGGGUUUCACGAUCACCUUCUUCAUCUGUAAUCUUCAACUCGCCGUUUUUUCCAUCUCUUUCCCUUCCUCCGCUGCAAACCGUUUUCAUCUCUUAACCUUCCUCGACCUUCAACUUUGUCUUAACUUUCGAAAUAAAUGUUGAGUUCACCACAUAAACUCUUCAACGUUUGGGUUUUCUUCCUCGGUUGCGUUCGUUUUCUUAUAAAUAGGGGAUGGAUGAUGCUGUGAGAAUCGUUCGCAGACACUCUCUGUUUCAAAUUGUUUUCCCGCUUUCAAAGAUUCUCAGACAGAUGACUUCCUCCGGUGCCGACAUUGUUGCUCCAACAUCCUUCGACGAUCUCCACCUGGGCAGAUCUGCGCAAUUCGUGGUCGCUCGCCUCUUGCGUUUCUGGGACUCCAGGAACAUUAAGAAGCAAGGUGAAUUCAUGGGAAUCAUCUUGCUUUUCCUUGAUGAGCAGGUUUACGAAGUGGUUCCAUUCUCAAAGUUGCCGGCUUUGAGAUGGCUAGAUGCACCAAGAUGUACAAGAUUACUGACAAUCCAUUUGUUAUCUGGUUCCUCCCACAAACAACCAUUGAUGAAGUCUUGGUCAAUGCUCCUAAUAUCAGCCUCCAGAAAUUCAUGCUGAGGAAGUUUGAGCAUCUUCAAGCUCUUGCCAACACGAACUUAGAAUUCCCAGAUGUUGUUGGAAUGAUUAGUUCCGUCCAAGGUUCCGAGCUUUCAGACGCCUCAGUGAUGCCUCGAGUUGUUGUCCGCUUCAUCAUCGAACCUAAUGUUGUGGUCUACCUGACCUUAUGGGACGAAGCUGCGGCAGCCAUUCGGGGACUCAUCAGCUCAGGCAAGAGAACACAGACUGUGAUGGUGGUCACAACUGUGAAUCCAAAAAUCUUUGCAGGUAAUUUGUACCUCAACUCCACCCAAGCUACGAAAUUUUAUUUCGACAUGAAUCUUCCGGCCAUCACCCAGUUCACAGCUAGCCUAGGAGGACCAGUUGGUGAAGCUUUUCGUUGCAUCGAAACAAAGGAGGGGGUUAAGAAAAAGGAAAAUGUUUCCAUUGGAGAUCUGAACAAAUUCAUCUCCAACUCUGAUGAGCAGACCCAAGAUGCAUAAUUCAUUUGCAAGGCUAGAGUUCUUGAGGUACUCAAACAGAAUGGGUGGUCUUUUGUUUCAUGCACUGGCUGCAGCAGAAAGUUAGAUCAAUCAGGCACCUCACUCUGUUGCAAUCAUUGUGGUAAUGCCAACGUCACCGGUGUUAUAAAGUACUAUGUCGAAUUGUCAAGUUUCAAGCAUCAACACCGGCUGCUCUUUAAUCAAUGUAAUAUGCAAAGGGUUCACGAAAUAGCAAUGCAAUGUUUUUUUUUGAAUCAAU